CUAAGCCUAUAAGCAUAACACAGAGGACGGAGUAUAUAUAUGUAGGCACACUCACACACUGAGAGAGAUUUAUUUCUAAUAACGAACCAUGAAGAGUUCCUACCGUCUCUACUCAGUGUUAACACUUGUUGUAUCCACACUUUGUCUUGGACUUGGGGUGAUUAUCGGUUAUUUCCUCCAGAUAACUACGGAUCCUUUGCUGCUGGCCAAGGAUCAACAUGCCUGUGAUGUCGGUUACGGAAGCUAUUUACCAGAGGUUCAAAGCUUUUUAGAAAAGAACAUAAUUGAAGCAUGUGCAGCAGAGACCUGUGAUGUACCUUUACCUCAUACAUAUGUGGUCCAGCAUCUCAACGAAGAAACCAUUGAAAUUGAUGGCCUGAUAGAUGAAUUUGCUUGGAACCAAGUACCGUGGUCAGAAAAGUUUGUUGACCUACAAGGACGUAGAGGACACGAUCCUGUCUUAACCACACGUUUCAAAAUACGAUGGGACGACAACAACUUAUAUAUCGCUGCUCUUUUGGAAGACCCUCACGUCUGGGCAAACAGAACGGAGCACGACUCAGAUGUUUUCAAUGAUAAUGCUUUUGAGAUUUUUCUUGACACUGCUGGAUCAUUCCAUAAAUACAAGGAGAUAGGAGUCAACGCAUUUAGCACAGUAUGGGAUGCACUACUAACGAAGGCUUACAUUGAUGGAGGAGAAGCUUUGCAGAACUGGGACAGUCGAGUGAAUGUAGCUGUUAAUGUUGACGGAGAAGUCAACAACCCGAACAGUCAAGGAGAUUUCUGGUCAGUUGAGAUGUCACUACCAUUUUCCCAACUGCUCGUCGGUUCAGUGAAGACCGACACUAAACCUCAUAAUCUGGAAAUAUGGUAUGCCAAUUUUGCCAGAUCGCACAUACAAGCAUCAGCACAUGGAGAUCAUUACCAUCCGAUCCCGAAUAUUCGGCCGAAGUGGUGGUCAUGGAAUCCAACUGGUGCUUAUAGUCUACAUUUACCAAAUAGGUGGGGCCUGAUUCAGUUUAAGGCAAGUUCAAAUGGAUCGUCUUCCUUCAACCAUGACCAGUUUAUCCCAGACGACUAUCGUACAGCUUACCAUACACUGGGGAUUAUUUUCGAGUCUUUACAUAAAUACAAAGCACUGUUUGGUAGCUAUGUGAGCGAUAUAACUCAGCUGGAUCUUCCACCAUACAUAAACAACAAAAUGUGUACCCCAGCACCCCAGAUUACUUUAGACUGGCGAGGUUUCGUUGUGUCUUUAACUCCAGACAAGGGACAGUUGCAGCCAAUACACAUCCGUGCAGAUAGAUUUGUUUGGUUCGGACACAUAGAUAAGUUAGGUAAAAAUUAUUAACAAAUGAAAAUACUUGUAAUAUAAUGUAGACCCCUGAAUGAAAUACAUGUGCUAGUCAAAUCAAAAGAAAAAUACUUUCCUUUUUCUUUAAUCUUCAUUCUGUUCACCAGAGAAAAGGAGAGAGAGGCCUUGAAAAGAAUCUCUCCAAAGAGCUGCUCAGCAGGUCUUCAGAGAAGGAACCCACAUCUCAAGCAAGUGUUUUGGCCCUUCUAAAUACUCUAAGAAGGGCAGACCGCAUCCACACCAGGAGUCACGACUUGGGCAUGGCCCAAAUCUCUUAGACUGUAAAGUAAUUAAAUGCUGAAACACUUGCCUGAGUGGUGUUUCUUCUCUGAAGUCCUUCUCAGGUUCAGCUCUCCCAAGAGUUCCUUGCCGGUAUCACACACACAUUAUAUAAGUCUUUUCCCUCUGACCUAUAACUGAUAUAUACAAAUAGCAUCACUAUUUUCCUUGUUUCGAUAUAUACUUAAUCACAUCCAAGCCUGGGCGAUUGAGGUGAAUAUGCUUUGCUAAUGAAAUCUAACAAGAUUGAAACAUUCAUUGUUUAAAGAUGCGUUGCCUUAAUUUUCCAAGACUUUGAAUUAUUUGAUAUCGCUGAAGUUGUCUCCCAGGUUUCUAGUUUUAGAUUUUAACCCUUUAGCAUUCAGAUUAAUUUAUCAAAUGUAACACUU